AUGUCUGUUCUCAUUUACUCAGGCUUGUUGAUGGGGAUGGCUUUUGCCUUUUUGGUAGAUGGGAGAAAAGAAUCCCAAAUGCUGAAGCUUCCAGAGGAGCAGAAUUCCAGUUCAUUUUCCUUCAACCAAAGCAAAGCGGAAACAGUGAAGUUCAACACGAUGACACGGUUCCUCAAUUUCCUCAUUUCAAAGUCGCCAGCGCAUCAGUUGUAUCUUCUCUACGAUGACAACUACAAAGGUGUGGACAGCCUUUUGAAGUCAUACUCCGGUAGCGGGACCAAGGUCAUAGUGACAGAGUUCUCUCCUGACUUGAAGGGCUUCGUUGAUGCCGUGAAAGCUCCGCUGAAGGGCACCCAAGUGGGAAGGCGGCACCUAUUGCUCAUGUGCUCGAAGGGAAAUGCUGCCAAGGUGUUCGAAAAGGUAGCUGCGGAGAACCUCGAGAACCCUUCGAACUGGUGGAUUGUUUUUGCCGAGGACGAAGACGUAGCCAAGAUUAUCCUCCGCGUCAUUAGAGAAGGAUCUAUGGUGAGUCGAGUCGAGGCAGAUUUCCCUCUUCUUUAA